AUGGAAAAUUCCUUGACAUACAGCCCGCGAUCACCAGGACCAGAGCAAGAGGUCAGGAUAUUCAAAGAAAUCCACGAUCACUAUGGAAAGCACGUUCUGCAGAACGUGAGACGUUGGGAAUGGGCUGUGAUUCACGAGGCUGUGACACGAGAACAACUCUUUUUCCUACACAGCUGUGUAAGACAUGACGUCUUUCCAAAAAGCGUUCAUUAUAAGCCUCCAAUUCCCACUGACCGAGCCAAGGAUCUAGCCUAUAAACUUUCUGUCCAGAUGCGGAAAGAACUUAUAACUGAUGCUCAUCAUCGACUGGAGAAGUAUGCAUUUGAGAUCAGCAAAUGGAGAACAAUUUGCGAAGCUCAAAUGGAAUCAAGUUGGAUUGAACGUGUUAAUACGGCUAUUCAUUACACAGCAGAUGCCAAACGACAGGUUAAGAGGGAUUACCUUAAUCAGAAAUUGCAAAGACUGCGAAGUCCCCGAAAAGAAAAUCAGGAGAACUUAAUAGAGAAGCUCUCUCAAUUGACAAUCUCAAGAAAUCGACGUGUAUUUAGAGAAUCCACUCAUCUUAACUGCAGUCUCGGGUCAUCUUUUACUGAUUACAAUGAUGAAAAGUUGGAUUUCCCGAGUUUUAAUGCCGCUUUUGGGUUUGAGUUUCAUGACUCUGGCUUAUAUGAUGACUACAUAUAG